AUGUUUAAUAAAUUGAGUUGUUUGCAGAAAGCUUUUGUAAUUGGCGAAGAACAUCGUGCAUUUAUAUAUAAAGAAGCUGGAAAGUUGCAUAGGGCAUUCAAGACAAAAAUGGCAAAGUUCUAUCUAAGAGAUAGUAAGGGUGGUUUUGUUAAACAUCGAUCGACAAAAUAUUCUUACUGUAUAAAACAAGAGGAUUGGGAUAAAUUUGUAUCUCAGCGUCUGACUGAAAAGUUUCAGAAAGUUAGUAACGAAAAUCGAGAAAGAGCGUUAAAUCCUCAACAUCCCUAUAGAAAGUCACGUUUAGGGUGUGCUCGUCUUGAAGCGGAUAUGGUAGAAGAGUCGAGAGAAGAUGAGAUAAAUCGUAGUCAAGUGUGGAAGGCUGCCCGCGUCAAUAAGAAUGGGGUGAUUGAUAAUGUGAAUGUUCAAAGAGUUGUGGAUCAAUGUGAGAAGUUAACAGAAGCUCUAACUGAAGAAGAGAGACAAGACCUUGGUCCUACGGACAUAUGA